GCGGCCGGGGAGGUGGCAGUGAGCGGGGCGGCGCCCCACGUGGGGGGCGCGUGGGCGGGGCCACGCGGGGUGUCCCGCGGGGAUCGCGCGUGGGGGGCCCGUGCGGGGGUGCGUGGGCGUGCUGUGGGUGCGCGUGGGGACCCGUGUAGGUGUCACGUGGGGUGUCCCGUGGGGGACACGCGUGGGGGCCCUCGGGCCGCGCCCGCUCCGUGAGCACCCCCGGCAGCGGGCGCGGGCGCGGGGCGCGGGACCAUGGCGUCGCGGGACCGGGUGCCGCCGUCCAAGUCGCGCGCGGAGCGGUCGCGGCCGCCCACGGUGCCGGUGCCGCCGGCCGACGUGGUGCCGGGCCGGCUGGCCGAGGCGGAGUGGCUGGCGCUGGUGGGCGCCGAGGAGGGCGAGGACGCGGCGGGCGAUGCGCUGGCGGCGCUGCUGGACCGCGCGCUGGACGCCUGCGACCGCGUCCACCUGGUGCGGCAGUGCGUCCCAUUCACCGUCAGCCAGGCGCGCGAGGCCAUGCUGCAGAUCGCCGAGUGGCGCUUCCUGGUGCGGGACGAGGGCGAGGCUGGCCUGGCCGAGGACGCCACGUGGCAGGAGGAUGAGGAGCCGGCGGCCUGCGUCACCGACUCCUGGGCCCAGGGCUCCGUCCCCAUCGUGCGCCGCAGCCUGACCCCACUCCCGGAGCAGAGAAAGGAGGCUUCAGAAAUGCCCCCAGAGGAGACGCUCUUCCCCCCAGCGACGCCAUCGCCCGUCGGCUCCCCUGAGCCGUCCCAGUGCCCCCCCUCGCAUCAGAGCCCCGAGGAGCGCGAGGCAGAGGUCCUGGCUGCCAAGCCUUCGGAAGAACGGUCUCCCCCGAAGCCCCCGCCACCGCCGCCCAGGGCCAGCCGGGUCCGCAAGCCCCGCCGCGGCCGCCAGCGCUCUGCCGGGCUGCAGGGCAUUGAGCGCCCGCUGCAGGAGACGGAGAAGGGGCUGGUGCGCCGGGAGGGGCCCAGCCAGCUCCUGCCCCCGUCCUGCAGCAACCUGCUCAAGAUCCAGAUGGGGAGGCCGCCGCAAGUGCGGGACCUGCUGUACGACGCGUCGGGGGCCGUGGUGGCCACCCCCAAGGUGGACCUCGCCCGGCUGCCCAAGCGCUGGGUCCGGCCCCAGGUGGAGGUGCUGGACCCGCUGCUGGAGGCCAAGCAGCUGGAGGUGGCCCGCAGCCUCUCCCGCCAGCCGGAGGAGCUCAGCAGCUUGUGGCCCCCCCAGGCCUCCAGGGCUCUGCUGGACAGGGUCGUGCCCAAGGCCCGGGCUCCAGAGAAGCUGGCGCCGCACAUGGCAGGUGCGGAGAGGAUCCUGGAGCCCGGCAGCCUGGUGCAGUGUGAGCCCAGCAUCCUCCUGGACGCCAUCAAACUGGCGCCCGGCGUGACCAUCCGGGACAGCCGCAGCGUGAAACGUGGGCACCUGCAGAGCCCGUCGCAGGGGCAGGACCUCACCGCUGCCCCUGCCCCCAGAGCGGCCCUGAGGGCGCUGAGGCCCAUCUGGCCUGCGAUGCCCUUCCCCCCCGUGGCCGUGAAGCAGCUGCUCCCGGACCGCGUGCCCCAGAUCCAGCCCUCGAUUCUACCGCCAUCCAUCAUGCUGACGGAGUCAGAGGGCUUGUGAGUGGGGCAGGGCCAAGCCCCCCCUCCAUUGCAUGGCCCAAGCUCUGGCUGCUGGACUGCACGUUGCACGUGGUGUCCUCCUUCGCAAGCCCGUGGAGUCGGGACCCCAGCAUGGGGCUCCCUGCCAGACCGAGCCGCAGCAAUAAACCUCCUGUGUGCCCAUGUGA